AUGAACGACAACACUUUGGGAAAAAACAUUUACACAUCUCUGUGCGAAACGCCGGCACACUCUUCCGACGUUGGCGAGCCAAACAUAAACAUGGCGAGGUGUCCCUUUUACGAAAAGCCCGUUGAUGAAAUCCAAAGCACUCAGAGCGCGAAGUACGCCAAGCGCUCGCAGCGACACAGGUCGACGGCACAGUCGCGUCUUGGGGACAUGACGGUCGGAGACAUUAGAUACUGCUUUCAACAGUUGCGGAACGCUGGCAAAGAUCUUAGUCCAGAUAUGAUGCUGUACAACGGCCAGUCCGCCGGCGAGUUUGCACUAAAAUAUUUGAGAGAGACAUCUACGGCAACACGGAAACGAAGAAAAAGCUUGUCGGUAGUUGCUAGGCGUUCUGUCGCCAAUAAAAAGGACAGCGGUGGUCGGAGAGGAAAGGACAACGCAUUGAGUAUGGAUGGGUGCACGUCCAGAAGAGCUCCCGGCUUGAACGUCCUCGAGUUUUGA